UGGUAGGGUUAGCUGUGUGACUUGUAAAAUCCUCCAUUUGUUGUUUUACAGUCCCUGUGGUUAGGAAUUGCUUUGAUUCCCCGACCGCCAAGCCCAACCCACAGCGGAAGUGAACCGGAUAGGAGGCGAUGAACGGCAACGGCAGGAGGCAACGAAGACCAGCGGAAGAAGAUGACAAGGGUUUGAUUUGGAAACUUCCGCAGCUUAAGCAUAAGGAUGUGGGUAAGGUUGGCCCUGCUUUCGGUCUCGGCGCCGGCUGUGGUCUCGGCUUUGGUGCCGGCCUCAUUGGAGGUGCUGGCUUUGGUCCUGGAAUUCCUGGAUUGCAAGUUGGCUUUGGUUUUGGUGCUGGAUGCGGGGUUGGCUUGGGAUUUGGCUAUGGUGUCGGUAUGGGCGUUGCUCAUGAUGAGAACCAUUCAUAUUCUAAUAUUAAAAGCUUAUUUGGCAACCAGCAUCGUCCUUUGCAGGAUGAAAUCGGAGGCCUAAUUGACGAGCUUGUGAUCAACACCAAGAAGGUAGCUGUAGCAGCUACUAGGGAAAUUGAAAAGUGAAGAUGAUUGAACUUGAAGAAUGUCUGUUUUGUGAAUGUUGAAUAAGAAAGGACUCUUAUUUUCUAGUAAGGUGUGCAUGAAAACCUAUGGUCUGGAUGUAGACUACUUGUUAUAAGUUUAAUAUAUGCUCCUGUUUAUAUU